GCUUUUUUUUUUAAUUUUCAGAGGCGAUUCCUGAGGUGCGGAUCAGCUGUUUAGAAGAGCGGACGGAGGGAGGCGGAGGAGGGGGAAGGGCUGAGUUAAAGGCCCUCUCCCCUUUCCGCGUUAAAGGGUUGUUGUUGCCCCGUUCCGCUUUGCGUCUUUUCCUGAGGCAGCAGCCGCCGCUGCGCUGACUGAGAAGAGCCUCCUCUCCAUCUCCGUCUCCAUCCCCGGAACAAAGGCGCCGCCGGCACCUGCCUCCCUCUCUCUCCACGGAGAGAUGGCGUCGUUCAACCUCGGGGGACUCCAUUCCUCCUCCCGGAGGAAAAGCGUCUAUUCCCGCAACGCCACCGUCGAGAGGCGGAACCUCAUCACCGUCUGCAGGUUUUCUAUCAAAACACUUAUUGAUCGAUCCUGUUUUGAAACUAUUGAUGAUUCAUCUCCUGAAUUCAACAAUUUUGCAGCCAUUCUGGAACAAAUUCUAAGCCAUCGACUUAAAGGUCAAAUCAGUUGGUUUGGCUAUGAAAGCCCUCGUAGCUUCUGGGAUUAUAUCAAAGUGGCUUGCCGAAAGGUUUCACAUAACUGCAUCUGUAGCAUUGAAAAUAUGGAAAAUGUUGGUUCUUCAAGAGCUAAGGGAAGAGCAUGGAUCAGAGUAGCACUGAUGGAAAAGCACUUGUCUGAAUAUAUUUCAACAGCUUUGCGAGACUUCAAAACAACCAGAAGAUUCUAUGAAGAUGGAGCAAUUGUACUGGGAGAAGAAGCAAACAUGCUUGCUGGUAUGCUGCUGGGACUCAAUGCUAUUGAUUUCAGCUUCUGCCUCAAGGGUGAAGGUUUAGAUGGCAACUAUCCAGCUGUGAUAGACUACACACCAUACCUGAAAUUCACCCAAAGUUCUGAUAGCAUCAGUAGUGAUGAGGAAGAGCUAAGAACACUGGGCAGCAGUGGCAGUGAAAGCAGCACACCAGAAAAUAUUGGUCCUCCAUUCAACAUGGAUGAGAACACUUGGUACAACAAAUGCAAACGGGUUGAACAAAAAUACCGACUCACACUGGAGCAGAAGGGUUAUCUAGAAGAGCUAGUACGCCUUAGAGAGACUCAGCUGGCUGAAUCCAUCUCUCAGAAAAAGUUAUUACGGCAGAAGAUAGAAGCUAUGAAUAUGGCCCAUAAAACAGAAAAGGAGCAACUUGAAUACAUCAUUGUGGAACUGCAGGAUCAACUAACUGUGCUAAAGAAUAAUGAUUUAAGAUCAAGACAAGAAUUAACUACCCAUCUCACCAAUCAGUGGCCUUCCCCAGGAGUUCUGGAUGUUAAUGCUGUUGCCUUGGAUACGCUACUUUAUCGAAAACAAAAUAAGCAAUGGGAUGAAAAAAGCUUUCACAGCCUGGACCAGCUCUCAGCUGAUGUUAGCCUAUCUCAAACAUCUCUGGAUCCAAGCCACUCACAAGAUGAAGACGUAAAGCAGAGUGGACUAAAUUCACUUAGUGACGGAAAAGAAGACACUCCUUCAUUACUUGGUCUCUGUGGAUCUCUGACUUCAGUAGCAAGCUACAAAUCUCUAACAAGUUUGAAAUCAAGUGAAUAUCUUGCAAGCCCUACGACAGAGAUGACAAGUCCUGGAUUAACUCCUUCUUGAGCAGAUCUAUGCAAAGAAGGCCAUUUGUGUUUGCCAUUGGCAUGCCUAGAUUUGUCAACUGUCAAGGCUCAUAGGAAGUCAACUCAGCUUUAACUAAAAUGCUACCUGUUUCUUUUUUUGGUUUUCUUUUUGGCAGCUGUCUUGGAAAGGAGCAUUCCUAGGUAUGCAUUUGUUGACUGCUUAAUAAUAUCUAGUCUCCUGCUGAAUGUAUUGUACAAUUAAGGUUAAGAAUCCCCUAAGGGUGGACAGAAUUAUUUUAAGUCCUGGAAUUUGUCUUUUCUGCAAGACUGACUUAUAUUCUUAUUGAUAUCCAAAGGACUUUACCAUACUUUUAGGUAUGCCAGUGAUAACUUGAAAAUUGAUGCGUUUGAAUUUACUGGAAAAGCAAAAAAUAUUGUGUGCUAUUACGAUGAAUUUAAAAAUUAAACUAGAACAAUGGCAACCAUUAGUUCUACAUAGAUUUUCUCAUCAUACUGUACAGCUGUUUUAAUUUUGGUUGAGUCUAUACAUUAUUGUCAUCAGCAUCAUACUCAUAUUUAGCACCUUGAUGUAAGCCCUCCAUAAGCAUUUUUUUUGUUCACAUAAAGGGGCAUACUGGUGGCAGAGGUAUCAGUGCACAUGUAAUACCAGCCUUCAAAGCUCAUUGUGCAUAUAACAGCUUCUAAGACUUCAAUGUGAAGCUAUGUAUAGUACUUUGAAAUUAUAUUACAGUUAUUAAUAGGGCCAGGUUCCAUAUCAUAGUAGCUCUGUCAGUGUGUUCAACCGAAUGCAGUUAUGGAGUCUUAUACAAAUCGCAAGCUCAGUUUGUUGGGUCUGGGAAGCUGCUGGCUGUGUAAGUUGCAUUCAGAGUGGGGAAUUACCUACCAAUAUUCCUGCUCCUAGUUUAUUCCUGCAGAGGGCUAUAGUGAACUCAUCUGCAGCAUUAAAAGGAAAAUUCAGAGAUGCCUUCUAAAUUGCUGACCUCAAAGUAAAUCUUAAGUUAGAGGCUGGAAGGGUUUACCGAGGAAGACACAUAUUGCCAAACAGAAAAUGUCACAAUGGAUUUUUAUGUAAAGGUUUUUGUUAAUGCUUCAGACUUCUUUCUGCUCACUUUGUAGUUAAAAACAAACAGGUGUAACUUGUCCAACUACAGUAAGCUUUAUUUUAUUGUACAACAUGCGAACAAUGCAUAAUUUGUUUCAAGUUUUGCAGCUUAAUUUUUGAAGUGCAGCCCUCUCUACAGUGAAACUGCUAGCUCCUAGCAUUACUGAGAAUUAUCUGCAGUAAUCACCAGACAUUUUGUGUAGAAGCAUUGAUACACAUAGGGCCUCUGAAACUGGUGGCUUUGAAGGAAAUACUUUACUGUGCCAAAGAAGUUUUACACUUUGUUUACUAGUAUGUAAGAACAUGUGGGAAUCUUUAAAAAUACAGCUAAAUUUGAGAUGAAAGAUUUGAAGACAUAACAUUUUUUUUCACGCAGAGGUGGUUUCUUGUAAACCUGCUAUAAAAUUUGAUUGGGAUGAGUAAGAUACAAGAAAUUUACUAUGUUAUAUAUGUGCUGUGUUAAAUUUUGAAACAAAGCAGCACUCUUGCUCUGCCAGAAUGUAUACACUGGCUACUUGAAACAUGCAUGUUAUCUCUUUUAAAUUACCAUUCAAAAGCACGAGAAACAAAACUAAUCUAUGCAGGUAAGCUUCCAGAAGUAUGUACAGUAACAUUAGCAGGCUGUAUGUGAAAACUUUCUUGGGCUAAGAGGAUUACUUUGUUGUACCUGUUAUUGUUGGGUUGGCAAAGCUAUAAUGAAAGUCUUUUGGGGAACAUUUGUAAAGUCUAGAAUGUGACUGUAUGUGUGUGAGUAUGUGAAACCAGGUGAUUUGAUAUUUGUGCAUGAAAAGGUAAUUGCUAUCUUGAUUUUCAAACUUUGCUAAACUUUGAGAAUUCAGAAGAAAGCAAAUUGUGAAUACUUAUUGCCCUGUUACAUCAAAUACUGCAUGUGCAUUAAAUUUUUGUACUAUU